AUGUCUUCCGACGAUGCUGUGCAGUCUACAAACGACGAUGCAGCCCACUGUAAGCGGUUUGCGGUGUCUCAAGGCUAUUGGAAAGACCCCUAUUUGCAGUACUUUGUGAAGUCAUCAGAUCGCAAGGCCCCAGAAAUUUCACGAGGGUAUUUCGCGAGAGUCUCGGGUGUCAAGUUGCUACUGAGGCAAUUUAUACAGCUAACUAAAUCUGGCUGCCAAAUCGUGAACCUGGGAGCUGGUUUUGACACACUUUACUGGUUACUGCAGGACGAGGGGUUGUCACCAAGAAAUUUCACAGAAAUUGAUUUCCAAGGAAUUACAUCCAAGAAAUGUUACUACAUCAAAUCUAGGAAGCAGCUUCUAGAAAAAAUUGCCAAAGAAGAUGGGGAGAUCAGUUUCAACAGCUUCGAUCUCCACGCAGCAAACUACCACAUAGUUGCUGCUGAUUUGAGGGACGUCGCCCAAGUGACUCGCAAACUGCACGAGGCUGGAAUCGAUCCUAAGCUACCGACUGCAUUCAUCGCAGAGUGUGUCCUAGUUUACAUGGAAACUUCUAAAACUGAAGCCUUGUUGAAGUAUUUUGCUGACCACUUUCAUACAGCUUUCUUCAUAAAUUAUGAACAGGUCAACAUGGAAGACAGGUUUGGUGAGGUGAUGUUGCAAAAUCUCCGAAUUCGGCAUUGUGAUCUUCAGGGUGUCCCAGCCUGCAGAAGUUUAGACACACAGAAAAACAGAUUCUUGCAGAAUGGAUGGGAGGGAGCAGAUGCUGUCACCAUGAACACUCUCUACGGACUCUUACCACAGCAUGAGGUGCAAAGAAUAGAGAAACUAGAAUUCAUGGAUGAGCAAGAGCUUCUUCAGCAGUUAUUUGAUCACUACUGCCUGUGUUGGGCCUACAAGGACCACAAGAAACUAGGGCUUAAAAAUAUUAGCUUGGUCCCAGAUGGAUGAGUGACAGGUCUAACUGGACUGAUAUACAGGUCCUAGAAGAUUGAUUUAAAAAUCUGGGUCAAUUAAAUACUGAAAUUUUAAGAUUUUAACGACCUGGCUUUAUUUCGCUUAAAUUCCAAGUACAUGCAAUUCCAGUUCUUCAGGUCCAUGACACUUGCUUUGCAGGUCUUUGGAGGUCAAUAGUCAGGGCGUGGAAAUCUGAAGGAAAAACAACUCUUGAAGAUCAAUUUUCUGAUUUUGGUCACUGAUGUUGUCUUUUAGGCAGGUUGAGAUUUGUGACCUGAGAUUUUAAGGCAAAAGUGGUGAAUAGAUCGUGAAUCGCAAGAUCAAGAUGGUUGAUUCACAGGUCUUGGAGGAUUGAUAACCGGGUCAAGGACAGAGGUUUGGUAAAGGCCCUGAAGCAUUGAUCUCCAGACUAUCCACAGAAAAAAAUUCUGAAUGUGUAUUUCUGUCUUUUUUUUAAAUUUCAAGUAAGUUUGGGAUUACUUGUCAACAAAAACUGAGUGUAUUUCUGUUUGAUUCCUAAAUUAUCUGGGUAUUACUAGUAUGCCAAAGAGUGUAUGAUGAACAGACUACAGGAAGCGACGUGUAGUUUUUCAUUGUUUUUAGUGUA